AUGGGUACUAUUUAUAUCACCAAUCAAAGAAUUGUUUGGUGCGCUGAAGGUGAUGAUGAUGACUCUGAUAAUUUAGUUACAAUUGAUAUUCAAAAAAUAGUUCAUCAAGUUGUUACCACAUCGCAAUCCCAACAAGCAUGGAAAAUUAAAACACAAUAUGCAACAGAUUUUAUAUUUAUUUUUCCUGAACCAUUUACAAGAGAAGAUUUACAUGAAAUAAUUCAUUGUUUUAAAAAUUCUCAAUCUCAAGUUUCAAAUAAUAGACAACAGCAACAACAGCAACAACAACAACAACAACAGCAACAACAGCAACAGCAACAGCAACAACAACAACAACAACAACAACAACAACAACAACAACAACAACAACAACAACAACAACAACAACAACAACAACAACAACAACAACAACAACAACAACAACAACAACCAAAACUAUCACCACCUUCUAUGACCUCUUCCCCAUCACAAUAUCAAUACCAACAGCCACAACAGCAAAGACAACAGCCACAACAACAGCAACAAUAUCAAAGACAACAUCAGCCACCAUACCAUCAAGACUCUUUCUACCCUAAAAUAGUAGAUGAAGAUGAUGACGAGGAUGCAGUUGACGAGGUUUAUGAAAAUGAAGAUAUUUUACAACAACAACAGCAAAGACAAACAAAAGAACAAAUGCUCAAGCAGCAACAGCAAUUACAAUUACAACAACAACAAUUACAACAACAACAACAACAACAAUUACAACAACAACAAUUACAACAACAACAACAACAACAACAACAACAACAACAACAACAACAACAACAACAACAACAACAACAACAACAACAACAACAACAACAAUUACAACAACAACAACAACAACAACAACAACAACAACAACAACAACAACAAAUGUAUCAACAACAAAGACAAAACAAUAACCAUCAACAACAAACUAAUCAACCCCAACAAAUGCAACAGCAACAACAAAUGAAACAACAGCAACAACAGCAACAGCAACAGCAACAGCAACAACAGCAAAUGCAAAAUAGAAAUAAUAAUUACCAACAACAAAAUAAUUCUAGAAAUGUUAUUAAUGAAGAUAAUUUUAAUAAUAUUCAACUUCCAACAACUACAACAACAACAACAACUAAUAAUAAUCAAAAAGAUUCAUCACCUCCAACAAAGAGUAAUAAUAAUAAUAAUAAUAAUCAAAAUAAAAAGAUGAAUGAAUUUGAGGAUGGAUUUUUUAAUGUACCAAUUAAUAUGGUCGGAGAUGAUGGAGAUUCUAGAUGGGAAGAGGAAUCCAAUGGUAUGCCAGUAUCAGGAUUUUACGAUUUAGAAGUUAGAGAUCCACGUACUCAUGCUGAGGAAAAUGGUGUUUACGUUUCAUAUCAAAUCAUUGGUAAAUAUAAAGAUGAUGAAUCCGAUCAACAACAACAACAACAACAACAACAAGAAGUAACAAAUGCGGUAUCAACAAGAAGAAGAUAUAGAGAAUUUGAAUGGUUACAUUCACAACUUUCACAACCUUCAAAUCAUCAUUCUAGAAUACCAUCAUUACCACAGAAAUCAAUUUAUCAAUAUUGGAAUAAUACUGAUGUUGCAUUACUUAGACAAAGAUGUUCAGCAUUGGAUCAAUUUAUGAAGAGUAUUUCAGUUAGUGCCUCAUUAAGAAAUCAUGCAGCAGUGAAAUUGUUUAUGACACAAAAACCAAUACCAAUUCAAAUUAAUUCAUUGACAGAGAUAAUUUCCAACAAUAUUUUAUCACCACAAGGUGCAUUGACAAGUUUAACUCAGGCAGUUAUCACUACUGCCACUGGUGUUAGUGGUGGUGGUAUCUCAACGAAUAAUAAUAACUAUUUAGAUUCAAUUGAUCCAAACUUUACAAAUGAAUCAUCGGUUGAGCGUGAUUAUUGGAUCUCUAGAAAGUUAAUGUCAAAAUGGAAGAGAAUACCAAAACGUUUACCAUUCUCAAAGUUUUUAGUUGUAAUUUUAGGUACUGUUUCAGCUGGUAAAUCAUCAUUUAUCAAUAACUUUUUCAAUCUUCAAGUUAAAGUUUCAGCCGAUGAACAAUUGGAUACUCAUUUCACAUUGAUUGAAACUGUUCCAAGGGAUAGAUUCUAUGAACUAUCCAAUCAACAACCAAUGAAAUCAAAAUUCACAAAAGAACAACUUGCUCAAAGAAUUAAAGGUGAGGCUGUUAGUGAUCCAAGACAUGGUCAUGUUUUCUUGUAUCUUGAUAAAACGUUUACAUUGUCACGUUAUGACGCUCAAUUUUCAAACUAUCGUGAUAUCAUCUCAAAUCUAAAUUUAGUUAGAACCGUUUUAAUCAAUGAAGACUAUCUCACUGGCGCUCCAGAUGAAAUUUCAAAUCAAAAGAAAACUAUUUUCAUAGAUUCACCAGGUUUCGAGCCAAAAACUGAACAUGACCCAGAGAAAUUGUUGGGUAGUAUUCGUGUGGUUCAAUUCUUUCAGUCCACUAGUGAUCUAACUUUGUUUAUGAUGAAAGCAAAGGAAUUGGCAUUGGUUUCAUCUCAGAUUCAAAUCGUUGAACUUUGUGUACUCUAUAAGACCUAUGGUGCUGAUGUUGUCGAUCAUAUGGUAACUCAAAUGUUUAAUAAAAAGGGUGAAUCAAAAUCAUUCUUUUCCCUCUUUGAAAUGGUUAAAGGUUUGGUAGAACAAAUUCGUUUGAAAAAUAUUCCAAAAACCCAAGAAUCAAAUGGUACCUCUGUUUGGGAUGGUAUCAAGUUUGUUAUGACUCAAAUCGAUACUAUAAACUCAAAUUUGAAAGAACAAUACUUUGAAUUGGGUCGUUUAUUGGGUAAAGGUUUAAUGUUUUUAGAUCCACCAACCUAUAGACAAUGUAAAGCCAUAGCCUUACCAAUCGAUAGAGAAUUUAGUUCCCCUCAAGAACGUAGCCAAAAGUGUGGUGAUCUUGAUGAAUUGUUACAUUAUAUAUAUAAUCUUAAUCGUGGUAGUACCUAUAAUUCUCGUUUAGAAUGUGCAAUCGAAGAAAUGACCACUGAUCUCUUAAAUAAUAUUCAAAGAUCUUGGACAAAUUACCUCUUUAAUAGUGAUUAUAAUUUAGUUUUACAAUUAAAAGAAAGAUCAAAAAAUAGAGUUAGUGGUCCUUCUCAUAUGCAUAGUAAUUCUUUAAGGAGAUAA